CCAGCGGCCAGUGCGCGUACCCACUUGCGCAUGCGUCCCUGCAGUGAGCGGAAAGGGGAACGCGCUGUAACAGACAGAGAGCCAACCAGCAAACCGCUAUAUCUGCUUGAGGACUUGAUGUCAGUCACGCCAACACUAAACUACCCUGCGGUUUGCGUGCACCGUUUUUGUUUCCCCGAGCUACAUGGUCAGACGGCCGGACUUUGAUGCGCUCAUCACAUCACUGCCUUUUUCCUGUGUGCGCGCGCUGCGGGCAGAACCAUAUUUGCCGUUUUCCCACGCAGUGAAUGUCACCAAAAGCAGUGUGAACUUGGUUGCAACAUCAUUGUACAAUACAACAGCCUCGCUGCACGGAUUAAACCUCAUCUGUCGGCCAGCACUGCUGGGAGAAGCCCAGACCCAUUACAUCAGAACCACUGAGUACACAACCUUUUGAAAUGAAAGAAGGAAAAGGAUAACCUCAUGCACUGUGUAGACAUGAGAGGACCAAGGAGCACGUGAAGAUGUCCCAGAAGGCAACUAAAACAUGGUGCCUUAGGCUUCUCCCACUUCUCCUCUUCUUUGUCUCCUUUGUCACAUACUACUGUUCCAAUGCCAUACUUCAGAGCUAUGGAGGCACCAGCAAGCCUCUGAACAGUAGCAAGACACUGUGUGGUGGCUGGCUAACCCAGAAGAAGUGGGAGAGCCUUAACUUUAACAUUAGCAGACGGACACAGCUCUUCCUGAAACUGGAAGAUUUCUUCUGGCGGGAGCAUCUGUCAAAGCUGGCAUUACCUUAUGGCAUUAAGGGCAGCGAGUUGCUGCUUCUGAAAGUUCUUGCUGUAUCUGCAAAUUAUCAGGUGCCAGCCAACAUUGAAAAGCUUGAAUGCAGAACCUGUGUAGUCAUAGGCAAUGGCUUUGCCAUCAAAAACAGCUCCUUGGGAAGCAUAAUCAACAAAUACGAUGUUGUCAUUCGGUUGAAUGAUGCCCCAGUUAGAGGCUAUGAGGAGGACGUGGGGAACAAGACCACCAUGAGGUUCUUCUACCCUGAAUCAGCUUCCUACAACCCUGGACAGCACAACGAACCUGGCACGCUCAUGGUCUUGGUGCCUUUCAAACAGCAAGAUCUGCGGUGGCUCAAAGAAAUCCUCUAUAAUGAGAAGAGGGUCAGGAAAGGCUUUUGGAAGCCUCCUCCCCAAAUCUGGUUGGGUGAUGUCAGUAAAAUCAGAGUGCUGGACCCCCACUUUCUGCACCAGACUGCAGACAGACUGCUCCGGAUCCCAUUGCACCCCAAUAGUAAAGAGAACCCAGUUCAUCCUACCACAGGUAUCCUUGCUGUGUUUGUCGCUCUCAACUACUGUGAUGUGGUCCACAUUGCUGGUUUUGGAUACCCUAACUCAAGGAGCCAAAAGCAACCCAUCCAUUACUAUGGAUACGACACCAUGAGGUCUAUGAAGAAUUCUUACCAUGACCUCAAUCAUGAAGCUGAAGCCUUAAAAAGACUGGAGGAUUCAGGUGCUAUUUUGUACCUGCACCCACAUUUAUAAAAUGCACAUGUUUCUCGUUUGAUUAAAUGUAAAAAAAAAAAAAA